AUGACCGGCACGCUUGACUUUUACCCGGCCCUGCGCCUGCAGCGCCUGGGGUCUGUGGCCGUUGUUCAGCCGGUAUGGGAGUCUGGAGAACCCCUGCCCGCCCUGACGGUGGACCUGGAGACUGGCAGCCUGGCAGCCAGCGAGCACCCCCAUGUGACCUCCGACUUUGUGCCCUGCUUUGGCGUGCUGGGUAUGCUGCGCCUGGAAGGCGGCCCCGCCCUCGUCGUCAUCACCGGCGUGUCUGCGGCUGGCAUCGUGCGCGAGCACCUGGUGCUCAAGGUCACCUCGACCAAGGUGCUGUACGACACGAGCCACAAGUGGAGCAAGAGUGACAAGAAGCUGCUCAAGCUGCUGGCGGCGGGCGUGGACCCCAAGCAGUACGGCGGCAGCCUGUACUUCAGCCACGCGGGGGACAUCACGCUGACCGCGCAGCGUGCAGAGCGCGUCGCGGCAGACCCGCAGACGGCGGCCGCGCGCGCCUGGCAGCGCGCCGACCUGGACGUGACCUGGAACGCAGCCCUGGCCAGGCCCCUGCUGGAUGCGGGGCUGGAUGCCUAUGUCCCUCCCGUCUUCAUGGGAUUUGUGGAGCAGCUGAACGGCCUGGACUUCCUGGGCGGCGGGCGCCAGGUCAGCCUGGGCGUGACCCUGAUUGCACGCAGGUCCAGGCACCGCCCGGGCACCCGGCAGUGGAGGCGUGGGGCGGACCAGCAGUCCCACGUGGCCAACUACGUGGAGACGGAGCAGAUCGUGUCGGACGGGGAGGGCGCGCUGCUGUCCUCCUUUGUCCAGGCGCGGGGCUCUCUGCCCCUGCUCUGGUCCCAGACGCCCUGCCUGAAGUACAAGAUCCCGCUGCGCCUGGCGCCGCCCUCGGCCUCGGCCCCCGUCUUUGCCGGGCAUGCGGACCGGAUGGUGGAGGUGCACGGCGCGGUGACGGCCAUCAACCUGGCAAACCAGGGCGGGCGGGAGGGGGUGCUGAGCGCCGCGUACGUGGCGGCGGCCGACGCCUACGCCGCCUCGCGCUCAGGCUUCCGCCUGGUCCCCUUUUGA